AUGGUGUCCUGUCCAAUCUGUGGGAAAUCUGUCCCGCAGCUGAAAAUUAACGAUCACAUUGACUCCGACUGUCAGAGCUUUGUUGAAGAGCCAUCCUCGUCCCCGGAUGAGCCAUCCGCCUCACAGAAAGCUGUCCCAAGCAUAUUCCAACCGGCCUCCGCACGCAAAAGCUCCCAAGCCAACAAUCCCAAAGACUCACCCUCACGAUCCAGCGUCCCCACUCCACGUGCCCUCAAUGGCAAACGGUCAUUCACCCAAGAAACGCCACCCCGAGAGAAUGGCGUGAAUCAAGCUUUCGGAAACACAACCGAGCCACAGGCAAAGCGCCCAAAAGUCAAUGCUUUUCAUAAAGCUGCUCCGCUCGCAGAGCGUAUGAGGCCAAAGACUUUGGAACAGGUCUGUGGUCAGGAUCUUGUCGGGCCAACUGGUGUCCUCCGUGGGUUGAUUGAACAAGAUCGAGUUCCAAGCAUGAUUCUCUGGGGUAGUGCCGGGACAGGAAAGACAACGAUUGCACGUGUUAUAUCAUCCAUGGUUGGAAGCCGGUUUGUGGAAAUCAAUAGUACAAGCUCUGGAGUUGCUGAGUGCAAGAAGAUAUUCUCCGAGGCACGCAGUGAGCUUGGUUUAACGGGCAGGAAAACGAUCAUUUUCUGCGACGAGAUUCAUAGGUUCUCCAAAUCCCAACAGGAUGUGUUCCUGGGGCCUGUGGAAAGUGGGCAGGUGACUCUAAUAGGAGCAACUACCGAAAAUCCUUCAUUCAAAGUCCAAAACGCUUUGCUUUCACGAUGCAGAACAUUUACCUUGGCGAAACUCACCGACGAGGACAUCACAUCCAUCCUCCAACGCGCUUUGGAGGUCGAAGGCCCAAAUUAUAACCCAUCAGAGCUAGUCGACUCCGAGUUAAUCCAGUAUCUCGCUCGGUUUGCAGAUGGCGAUGCGCGAACCUCUCUUAAUCUUCUGGAAUUGGCCAUGGACCUCUCCAAGCGACCAGGGGUCACUAAAGAAGAUCUGAAGAAGUCUUUGACUAAAACUCUCGUAUAUGAUCGCGCAGGAGACCAACAUUAUGAUACAAUAUCCGCGUUUCACAAGUCUUUGCGUGGUAGUGAUCCCGAUGCUGCUUUAUAUUACCUUGCUCGCAUGAUCCAGUCAGGCGAAGAUCCUUUAUACAUUGCCCGAAGGCUGAUCGUCGUUGCUUCUGAAGAUAUUGGGCUUGCGGAUAACAGCAUGCUCACUCUGGCGAUAUCAACCCACUCUGCCGUGGAAAAGGUUGGACUUCCCGAGGCAAGAAUUAAUCUUGCCCAUGCAACUGUUGCGAUGGCGCUGUCAAAAAAGAGCACUCGAUCAUAUCGAGGAUUGAACAAUGCAUUCGCAGCUCUAAAUGAGCCUGGGGUAGCAAAUUUGCCUAUCCCUAUUCAUCUCAGGAACGCACCGACUAAGUUGAUGAAAGAGCUGGGAUAUGGCAAGGAAUACAAAUACAACCCGAAUUAUGUGGAUGGCAAAGUCGAGCAAGAUUACGUUCCCGACGAGCUUCUUGGCCGCACCAUCUUAGAGGAUUUGGAUCUGGGCACACAGCGGGAUCCGGCUUUGUACAGUACCAGGCGUAGCGGUCGCUGA